AAUUCACAAUGCCGAGGUUAACGGAGCUUAAUUUUGUCAGCAGAGUCCGUAGACAUAUCAAACAUCCUUAUCAACAUAAACGCCAAAAGAUAUUAGCGACCGGUGAUGAUGUAAAACAAGUUAAUGAAAUAUCAGAAAAACAGAUUAAAAAAGGGAGGCCCUGCCUAAGGGAGCUGACGGACAUGCUAGAUUGCUGGAAACUGCACGACUUUUCUGAUAGUCCCUGUCAGAAAGUCAUCUUUGCAUACAGUGAUUGUAUCAAAGUAGAAAAGGCAAGAUUGAAAGAAGAAGAAAAAGCUGCCAAAGCCAGUUUUGUUCCCGAAGGAAGGAAACCAAGCCCUUUUCAAAUAAACAGAUUAUUAAAGAGAUAUUCAUAGCAUUUAAUUAUUAGUCAAGUACAUUCUCCUCUCUACAUUUUGCUAUGUACAUGUAAAUAUUCAUUUCCUCCCUCUUUUUACCAAGCAUUGUUCUGCUUCCCUGAAGUACUAUUUGAAUCUAGUUGAGCUGCUCCAAUUAAGAAAUUGGUCAUCACCAGCUAAAGGGCAAGCUUGCAUUGAUUGUCAGUAUCAGCUUGAUUAAAAUUCCCAAGAUCUUGUGAUGAAGUCAGGAUAUGUCCUAUUUUUGGUUUUAAUCUAUCACUGUAAGAUAGGUGAUAACAGAGUUAACUAAGAACCCAGUUUCCUAAGAAGGCAUCUAAGAAACUAGGAAAGUUUGAAUUAUCUUGAACUCCAAAAUAAUUAAUUUAGAUGGACUUACAAAUUUGAUUUUCAUCGGCAUUUUGUUUCAAUUUGUCUGUGUGACAAGUUUGAAUUAUAGCAUUUAGUUAGUGGCUCCCAUAUUACCAGACAGUUAAUUUGAUAUCCAGCACCACCCCGGGGGUUUUAGGUGCCCCACCCUGGGGCACAGCAGGCACUGCAGGGGGGCACUAGGAGUGCACAGGCUUCAAAUAUUUUGGUGAUUGUCUCUUCACUGUAACUGUGAAAUACUUUCAUUAUAUUGUUCAAAAGAGUUGCAGAGAAACAGGGCUAGCAUUUAAAAGUCUUAAAGAAAGAGAAUGAUACGAAUAUGUUGUUAAGAUGGAAGGACGAUAAAGCCAUGGCAAGGACAAGGGGGCAGCUCUGUUGCUUGAAGGGGUGGUGGUGAAAUCGUAAAGCAAUACGGGAUAUUAUGCAACAUGCCAGUGACAUUGAGGAAACAAUUAAAACGACCAGUGCUGACUUCCUGCCUCCAUAGUGCUGGCUAAGCAAGGCACAUCUGCGGUCUAAGGAGGUGAGAGUCUCCACAAUAAACAGAAAACUUUCAGAACAAGACAAGCGAACCAGCACCUGUGUGAUGAGGAGGUUUACUGUUGUUUUUCCAUUUAUCUAUAGUGACAUACAUGAAUAUAUACACACAAGACAUAAAUAGACCAUUUCAACUUCAUAAAGCCAUGAAGAAUUUUUUCUUUUGUGGUUGAGACUCGGUGUUUAUAGAGGCUGCCAUACCAGAGGUUAUGUACUGUGGUUAAUUGCUCUUAAAUCUUGACAUCUGCUAAGUAGUUAACUUACCAGGCAAUACAUUUUAUGCUUUUACAGUAAACCAAUACUAUAUCUAAUGCUGUGUCAGUAGGCACUCCCUCCCCCCCACCCCCUCCCAGCCAGAUUGGUAUUUGAAAAUGUGCCUCUAGCUUUGCAUUACAUUAAAGAUUUGUUUUGACCCAGGUGUACUGAUACAUAGCAUGAUUCAUCAUCACAUGUUUAGAUAAUGAACUUCAAAAUAAAAUGGUUAUACUGUUAUGUAG